GGGACUUAGUGCGUCAGACGCGUCUCCGAUUGGCGGCUAUUGUCCAUGCGAAAGUCUACCGGUUUUUGCAAACAACAUUACACAGGGGACGCGACGUUGCAUAUUUGUAUUAAGACAAAUAAAGGUCGCCCAACUGAAUCAAAGGGAUGAAAACACGGUCGUCUUCUCCACCCGUCCAUGUUCAUGUCUCAGACUCAACAUCUGUGCAUGUCCACCUAAAGAAGAGUCCACAGGAAAGCCAGGGUAAAGUGAGCAAUUUACGAUCAACUGCUAGUGUAAAGGUCCGAGCUCCCUGGGUUCCUCCUGGAAAGGCAUCAAGACGAAGAGAAUACAAAUGGGAGGGGGCUACUCGUUGCUUGGAGAUCACCCCUUCCUCUCCUCCUCUGCGGCUCACUGACCUGUCCAGUGAAGAGGACGAUGCGAGAGGCGUACUUGGCAAAUAUGAGAGAAAAAUUGAAAGUCUAAUGUCAGAGGUUGACUGUAUAAAAAGUGAGGUAAGGUUACGGCAGACAGAGGACCACUUAAAGCACCAGUCACAGCAGUCGAGUGCCUGUCGGCAUUUGAUUGAUCAGCAUGAGGAAAGACUCGAAGAAGCCAGUAAGGACUUGAGGAGGUCAAAGCGUGAGAAUGCUGAUCUACGUAGCACUGUAGAUGGGACGCAGGCUGAGUCUGGACAUAAGAGAUCAGAAAUAGGACCUCCAUAUCAGGAGAUAGAAACUUUGCUGAGGAAACUGGUGGAAGCUGAGAUAGACGGCCAGGCUGUAGCCAAACAAGUGACAGCUCUGAGGGAAACCGUAGGCAAACUUAAGAAGGACAAAAAACAGUCAAAGACACACUCUGAUCAGUUGGGUCGUCAACAUGAGCUACUAGAGCAAAAGUUAGACACGUUUGUGGAGACAAAUCGCACUCUCAGACGGCUUUUGAGGGAACAGCAUGGACGGGAGACAGAUGCACUGAGGUUGUCUGAUGAGAGGGAGAUGCUAAUGAGAAAACUAGCCGAUUCUGAGGCUGAGAAAAGGGUUUGUAAACUAACACCAAAUUUUUUU